CGCAAACCGGCGCAGCGUAUCGGCGGUGACUAGCUCGUUUCUCGCCGCGUUCAGUCCGUUUAGAUCCGGCCGUUGCUCCGUGUUUGUGAUCCGUGAGUCGUUUCUACCGAGUGGGACGAGCGGGACCGAGGCGGGACAAGAAUAUGCCCAAGAAUAAAGGAAAGGGAGGAAAGAAUCGUCGACGUGGAAAGAACGAGAAUGAGUCUGAGAAGAGAGAGCUGGUGUUCAAGGAGGACGGACAGGAAUACGCUCAGGUGAUCAAGAUGCUGGGGAACGGCCGUCUGGAGGCCAUGUGCUUCGACGGGACCAAGAGGCUCUGCCACAUCAGAGGGAAGCUCCGGAAAAAGGUGUGGAUCAACACGUCGGACAUCAUCCUGGUCGGCCUGAGGGAUUACCAGGACAACAAAGCCGACGUCAUCCUGAAGUACAACGCGGACGAGGCUCGCAGCCUGAAGGCGUACGGCGAGCUGCCCGAGCACGCCAAAAUCAACGAGACGGACACCUUCGGGCCCGGAGACGACGACGAGAUCCAGUUUGAUGACAUCGGCGACGACGACGAGGACAUCGAUGACAUCUGAAGCUGCUGCUGGAGGUUUUACUGGACACGACACGACGAUGAUGAAGAUGAUGAUGAUGCUUUUUUUAUUAAGAUCAGCCUCUGCCAACCAAUACAGUUAAUUAAACGUUCAAUUAUUCCAGUUUGUUACCACCAGCAGACGUCUUUGUUGUUGUUGUUGUUUUGAGGGGAGAAAAGGAACGACACAAGUACCUUUUAUUUUUUUUGGGUGGAGUUUGUUGACGUGACUGAAGAUGAGACCGUCAUUGAUAUCGAGCGUUCGCGGUCCGCUGAGCUGAUCACCAGCGUCGUGUUCAGGAUAUCUGGACGCACGUCUGGAUGUUCACCUCUUUUAUUUUAUUUUACUUUAUUUUGCUUCAAACGUCAACAAAAAACGGACAAUUUCACAUCUUUUUAGUUUUUCUUCUUCUGGAUUAUCAAAGAAACUUAACACCGAUACCGUGACUGCAUACACACCAUCUUUUUAACAAUGUAUUUAAAUUAAUUUCACGCUGUUGUGGAGUUUAGCAAAAAGUACAGAAUCUCUGGGUUCGUCAAUAAAAAGAUAAACCAUU